CGUUGUACAAGAUUUGAAGCGAGUAAUGGCAACCGUAUCACUCGUUUUAAUAACAUCAAUAGCGACUGUUUUUUCACUCGUCGGCUUUCUAGCAAAUGGACUAGUUCUCUAUUUGAUUUUUACCACCAAGUCGCUUCGAACACCCAUGAACUAUUUACUAUUGAAUCUGGCCAUAAUGGACGCCAUAACAUGUUGCUUAACAGUGCCGCACAUUGCAACAGGAGCAGCUGUUUACCCAGGGAACCUCACGUUGAUGCAGAAUAUCGCGAGAGGCAGCGAACCCUCUGUUGUGACCGCUAUUUGCAAAAUCAGGGUUUUCGCUUGGCUCGGAAGCACCGUCCAGCCUUACUUACUGAUCGCUGUGGCAUUUGAGCGCUUCAUGGCCGUGGUUUACCCUCUGACGAGCUGUGUUCGAGUCACUAAAUCCAGAUUACGAUGGAUUAUACCGUUGUGCUGGAUAGGGGGGUUGUUAUACGUGCUGCCACAGAUGAUCGCCUUAGAAUACGACGACGUGCUUGAGACCUGCCGACCAAUGUUGGUAAACUACUCCGUAUACGCCUACAGCACUGCCCUUUUAGUGUUAAUCUUCAUCAUCCCAGCACUGGUCAUAACUGGACUUUAUUUAAAGGUCAUCAGGGUGCUUAGCGCAAGCGGUCAAGGUAUGGGAAUAGCAGCCGAGCAAGCUAGGAUGAGGCAGCGAGCAAAACGCAAAGUCGUUAACUUGGUCAUCGCCGUCACAGCGUUAUUUAACGUUUGCUGGGGAUUUAAUAAUGUUCUGUUCUACGUGAUGAGUAGCAUAAAUGAUCCUGAUCUUAAACGAGAUAUUCCACUAAUCCGUCAACUUUGUAUGAGCUUCAGCGCAGCCAUCAAUCCCAUAUUUUAUCUAACCUUUUUGAAUAAUUUCAGGAACACUCUAAGGUUGAAAUUUAAGCGCGUGACAUUUAAAAACCUUAGUCGCCAGAGCACCACAGAAACGCGACAAGAAAAAGUGGUGAUGGAGGAGCACGGUAAACCCAGAUUGUUAGGUUUUCAAAGGAGAUCUUUCUCAAGCGUUAAAUAAGAAAAAGGGCCCAUUUCUUGUUAUUGAACUGUUUGUUUUAUUUAUAGAAUUUUAUUGCACCAUACAAAUAAUAAACUACAAAGUAAAACUAUUUGGGUGGGUUGCCUGAUUCUACAAAGAAAUUAAAUAGACUAAGAAGUGACAGAGGGUGGCUUCCACUGUAUACAAGAUACAUACGACACGUAUAUUUAAAAGUCCAAAUACACUAAUUACACUAUAUUCAUGAUAAUAUCCAGGAAGAGUCUAUAGUGUUAUUGUACCGUACAAUAACAAUUUAGCACUAAGAUACUCACUACAGACCUAGCACUAUAGACCUCAUUCGAUCAGAUUCAGAGAAAGGUGUUUGACAUGAAUGUAUACAAGAAACAAAAUACAAAUUGUAAAGUCACAAUUUAAACUAAUAAAUAAACAUCAACCUAACA